GGUUGAUAAUGAAGAUGCUGAAUACCGACAGGAGAUACAGUGAUGUUACCUGCUAAUGCCUUCAAGUUAAGGCAGUGACUGUAUCCAUGUCCCAGUGGAACUGCUGCAAGAGCUCAACUCACAGCGUGUCCUCCCUGAAAGGAAAAAUGAGGGUUUGGUCCCAACGACGAGCUAACAGGUGCUGGAGAGAGAGACCCUGUUGGAACUGGAGGUGAUGUGAGCAACCCAAGGACUCUCAGCAAACCACCAUGGGUUUCAGGCUAUUAGCUUGUCUCUUCAACCUGCCCGUUGCAGUGGUCUAUGGGUCACUGUCGCUCUUUAUUUCCAUUUUGCACAAUGUGUUUCUCCUCUACUACGUGGAUACCUUCGUUUCUAUAUAUAAGAUUGAUAAACUUUCAUUUUGGAUUGGAGAGACUGUGUUUCUGAUCUGGAACAGCCUCAACGAUCCUCUCUUCGGCUGGCUGAGUGACCGAGCAUUCCUUAGCACACAGCAGUCAGGAGUGGAGAUCUCCACUCCUGAAGUUGUUCUGAAGAGACUCAAGGCACUGAGCCGCAAUGGUCCCCUCUUUGCGAUUUCGUUCCUGGCUUUCUGGAUUGCAUGGGCCCACCCAGGCUUGCAGUUCCUCAUCUGCCUCUGCCUGUACGACAGCUUCCUCACCAUGGUGGAUCUCAAUCAGAAUGCCUUGCUGGCUGACCUUGCUGUAUCUGCAAAGGACCGGACCGGCCUCAACUUCUACUCUUCGCUCUUCAGUGCCAUCGGCUCCCUCUCGGUCUUCAUGUCCUACGCCGUGUGGAACAAGGAGGACUUCUUCUCCUUCCGGAUAUUUUGCGUGGUGCUAGCUUUCUGCUCAGCUGUGGGUUUUACCCUGGCCACGUGGCUGCUGAGGCAGCGGUUUCAGACUGAGGGACGAGUGAAGUGGGAUGAAAAUGCAGCUUUAAAAGAACUGUAUAUUGACAAUCCCUCUGGGCAUCAAGAGAAGAGGAUCACUCUAGCUGAGUAUCUGAAACAGCUCUCCAGGCAUCGCAACUUCCUCUGGUUUGUCUCUAUGAACCUCAUACAGGUUUUUCACUGCCACUUCAACAGCAACUUCUUCCCUCUCUUUUUGGAGCAUCUGCUGUCUGAUCAUAUCUCGCUGUCUAUGGGGUCAUUUUUGCUAGGCAUUUCCUACGUGGCUCCUCAUCUCAACAACCUCUACUUCCUCUCUCUGUGCCGGAGGUGGGGUGUAUACGCUGUGGUGCGAGGGCUCUUCUUCUUGAAGCUGUUGCUUGGUGUGAUUAUGCUCCUUGCUGGACCAGACUGGGUCUACCUGCUGUGUUUCUUUAUAGCCAGCAAUCGUGUGUUUACCGAAGGGACAUGCAAGCUGCUGAACCUGGUGGUCACUGACCUGGUGGAUGAAGACUUGGUGUUGAAUCGGAGGCAGCAGGCUGCCUCAGCCCUCUUAUUCGGCAUGGUUGCCUUGGUAACCAAACCGGGCCAGACCUUUGCCCCUUUGAUUGGCACCUGGCUGCUGUGUGCUUAUACUGGUUAUGAUAUUUUUCAACGGGAUCCUCUCAGCAACAUAGUGAGCGCCCAGCCAAAGCUGGCUUCCAACACCGCCUGGGAACCAACUCUUCGUCAGGGCUGUUUCUACCUACUCGUUUUUGUCCCCAUCACAUGUGCAUUACUGCAGCUCCUCAGCUGGUCACAAUUCAGCCUACAUGGCAAACGCCUCCAGACAGUGAAAUCUCAGCGUCAGACCUUCACAGAAACUCAAUCCCAAAAUAUCAAAACUAUUUAAUUGCCAGUAUGGGUGAGCAGUGUGUGGCGCACACACACCGCUCCACUAUGGACGUCUGCAUGAUAAGACUCCAAAAAGGAGAGGGUAGGAGUAAUUUAAAAAAGUAAUUGCUACCUUUUCAGGUCAGAAUGGAUUAGUGAAAGAACAGCGUAAGCCCUGAACUCCCUGCAAGGCAAGUCUGGUUCGGGUCUGCCUUAAAGAAUUCAUGGAGACCUAAAUAUUAGUAUCACCUGUCACCAACCAAAGUGGGUCCGGAAAAAGUAAUUACCUUGCCUUUGAAAAAACAAAAACUGUGUCAACGAUGACUUGCUGAUCAUGCCCAUGUUUAUUCAUAUUUCCAGAGGUGUCUGACUUGGAAGAGAAGUAACCAGGUGACAGACCAUGCUUACUAAUAAUGGAGUGGGGAGAGUUUAAUUGAGCCUAACCCAGUAGCGUCCUGGUCAUUGUCUGGAACUGUUUGCACGUAUCUUGUCUUGAGUGGUGAGAUAGGAUUCAAGUUUCCCCCUUCCCUUGCUACUUUUCUCCUGCAUAGGACUUGACAUACCUCCCCACAUCAGGGUGCGAUUUAACUGUGAACGCAACUGGAUUUUAUUUUUAAUUUUUAAAAAAGAUCACUAGUUCCCCAUAGAGGACAGCAAGGUAUUCAGUGUGCAAAAGGGGCUCUCCCUUUGGGGAAACUUGACUGUCUUAAUUCAUCCACUUCAAGAGAAUGAAUGCACCAUAUUCCUACACCACAGCAGCGAUAUAGGGACUUGUGUUGAAAGGAUGGGCUCAUGGGUGAAUGAAGGGCUCUGUCACUGGGAGGGCUAUUGGGCAACCUCAAGUUGUGAGGUGAAAACUGGCCAGAUCUUUAAACCUGCUCUGGGGUUAGUUUUCAGGAACGAUUGGAUUGGCUUUCUAGGAUGAAAGCCUGUUCUCCUUUCAUAGGAGAUGCUCACCUUGGUUUUUCUACUGAAUCAGUUGGUUUUUAGAAACUAAGAACAUGAGAAGAGCCAUGCUGGAUCAGACCUAGUCUAGCACUCUGCUCACACAGUGGCCAUCGGCCAGGGAUGAACAAGCAGGACAUGGUGCAACAGCACACACACCCCAUCUUCCCCAGCAACUGGUGCACACAGGUUUACUGCCUGAAAUACUGGAGAUAGCACACAACCAUCAGGGCUAAUAGCCAUUGAUCGCCUUUGCCUCCAGGAAUUUAUCCAACCCCCUUUUAAAGCCCUCCAAAUUGGUGGCCAUCACUACAUCUUGUGGUAAUGAGUUCCAUAAUUUAACUAUGUGCUGUGUGAAGUAGUACUCCCUUUUAUUUGUCCUGGAUCUCCCACCAAUCAGCUUCAUGGGAUGAUCCUGGGUUCUAGUAUUUUGAGAGAGGGAGAAAAAUGCCUCCCUAUCCACAUUCUCCAUACCAUGCAUAAUUUUGUACACCUCUUAUCAUGUCUCCCCUGAGCCUCCUCCUUUCCUAACAUAGGAAGCUCCAAGGGCACCUUGAUAUGCUGACUUGUGGGACCAUUUGUGCUUUAUACCAGAGCGUUAGUUUCUGCCAUUCCACGUGAGCUGGCCCCUGCCCAUCCACAGAAUUGUCUAGAGUAGCCUUCCUCCAGAUGCGUUGGACUACACCUCCAAUCCACAGCAACCUGCUGAUUGGGAAUAAUGGUAGUUUUAGUCCCAACACAUCUGGAAGGCAGACCCCAGAUUGGGAAAGGCUGGACUAGGUUGACAAGGCCAAUGCGAAUGGCGCUUGUGUGCACAUGGGAUUGGGAAAGAUACUGGCUUUCCAGAGAAAUGUGCUUUGCUGGGCUAGGCUAACUGGCAGCUGCUAAGGGGCUGUGCUUGCAAGACCAGGCUUAUGAAAACUGUCAUAGGAAAUGGCCUGUCAUCUACUCCCAGGAAGAUUAGCUAGGCCACAGAUCAUGCUCGAGAUGUGUGAGAGGUUUAUUUUGUAAUUUCCACAGAUGGCCAGAGGUGUUAACUGCCUAGCUUUGCUCCAUCUUUGCAACUCAGUAAGGGCAAAUUGAGUUCCUUGUGACCAUUCUGCUCCCUUCACAGUUGCACCUUUCCUGCUCAGUCACUCAUGAAAGAAGCUAGGGGAAUGCCAGGCUUCCCUGAAGGGAUUCCCAAUCCUAGUUUUGGCUUGCCCCUAGGGCAUAGCAAACCACAGCCUGUCCUCAAACAGCAGUGGGUCAGGAAGGCAGCUGGCUGCACAUUUGGGCUUGGAUACAAGGGCCUGUGGCUCUUGGCUUCUGCAGCUGACUUUACUGGAAUGUUUCAUACUCUUAGAGUUUGUAGGAGAGAACUUUGGCAACCAAAGUUUUUUGCUCGGGCUGGGGAUCCUCUUGGCUGCCGUUGCAACGAAGAAACAACUGGGACCAAGUAGCAUGGUGGGAGGGGGGUGCCUCCAAUUUGUUCAGGCAGCAGCUAUGCUGCCACUGUUUACAGUCCAAAGGGUUUUUAUCAUUUGACGGCAAAAUUGUAAGUUAUUCCUUUAAUUUAACAAGCCAAAUCCUCAUUUCAUUAAAUUGCAAUUCUUUUUUA